GUUGUUGUUGGUGUGGUAACUGCAGUAGUAGCAGCAGCAGCAGCAGCAGCAGUAGCAAUGGUGGUGCUUACCUAUAGUGAGUGAAUGGUGGAGCGUCGGAUGGACGAGCGAGCGGCGACCACCAUCACCAGCAGCACCACGGCCAUAAUCAACAUCAUCAUCACAAUCAUCGUCAAUCCUUGUGGUCUAUGCCGCUACUCGUUGUAACAGCAAUAAGCAUCUCCCGUAGAACUGCUACUUCAGCGAACACUACUAUCAGCCGUGGUAUUAGUGCAACGACGACGACAACAACAACGACAACGACGACGAUGAUGACGACGACGACGACGACGACAACAACGAUGAUGAUGACGAUGAUGAUGAUGACGUCCGUCAACCAAAAAUACGAGAGUUCUGCUAGAAUUGCUACAACAAGCACUACCAGUGCGGUGAUGAUCAUGAUGAUAUAAACCAGCAGCAGCAGCAACAACAACAACAACAACAACAACAACAACAGCAGCAGCAGCAGCAGCAGCAGCAGUAGUAGCAGCAGCAGCAGCAGCAGCAGCAGCAUGUUGGUUUGCUGGCGGUCCAGCAUUGACGGCGAUACAAAACAGCGGUGCUGCUGUUAGUGACUGCAGCACGGCGACAGAUCAACAUCAUCGGAGCCGCGACGGCAACGAAUACUAGUAACAGUAACACUUGACGGUUCUCGUGGUGCGUUCUAAAAAUCGGCCUACGUUAGAGUUGUAUCAUCCGUGGAGAGCGCUGUACAGUAGCAGGCCGUGAGUGUGGGUCGAGUUAGCACGAGUAACACUACUCAAUAACAAUAGUCAAUCGAACGAAAAACAAAAUACGCGGCCAAUCUAUCCCCCACGAUGUUGCCUUCUACGACGAGAGUAUAUCUGUGUAUGUGACCAGUCACCGCUAUACAAAGCGGACGGCAGCUGCGGCAGUUUCAUACGAGUACCAUUUCUACUGCUACAACUACGACUACAUUUACGAAUGCUAUUAUCUCGUUUCGCUACUCGUACUGCUAUUACGAGAACAAGUCCGUGCCGGCAAUCGGGUUUGUCUGUGAGUUGUGCUGGUGCCGCCAUCGAGGGCUGCGACAACAGCGGCAGCGGAACACAGGGAGCCCCGUAGCAGAGGCAAAAAGUGCUCGGCAUCAGAACGAAGACCGCCAGACAGCCAAUCAAGCGAACACCCCGCGAAUCAGUGCCUGGUUGUGAUAGUGAUAGCAGCAGCACUUGCUGGCGUUGGGCUGGGGUCUGCUACCUCCGCGGCCACCGGCAGCAAAAGCAGUAGCCACCGCGGCCGCCGGCAGGAACGGCUGCAAACCGAGGCCGUGUCUGUCUGUCUGUCUGUCUGUCUGCCCGUCGCUCAGUGCCGACAAUUGCAACGCGACGACAACAGUGGCAACGACAAAAGCGCAAGAAGACGACGUCAACUAAUGAACGACGGUUACCAUCGUCACCGCCGUUCGCUCAUCACCGCCCGCAGUCUGUCCAGCAAACAACAACAACAGCAGCAGCUGAGAAAGAAGCAUGUGCCUGGACUGCCUGAGACGGCGAGUGACUUAAGAAACGCAGCGGUAGGCCGUCUAGGCAUCCACUAUUCCUCGAUGGUUGAAGCAUGAAAGAACCAACGAAACAAGUAGUCAUCAAGCUACGAAGGCUCUCCAAAUCGCUGAACGUCCAAGGGAGCGCAGAAGUGUGCCUUAGUGGGUUACGACACCGUUCCGUUAUUCGAGUUUCUACGGUGCAUUGAGUCUUUGUUUCUUGUGAAGAUCUGUGGUAAACAACAACAACAAGAGCAGUGUUUCGACUGAAUCGCUUGUCAAAACCAGCAAAUAGCCUGUUUAUUCGCUAAUAGUGUUCGCCGUCAGUGCAGAGUGUGACAUUGAAACGUAGUAGCUAAUUGUGUUCUGCCCUGGAACGAUUGUGUGCUCCGCCAGGACAACCCCCGAUCCCGCACUGCUCCAACCGAUCCUGGUCUUGGUCUCGUUGUUGUUGUUGUUGUUGCCCUCGUUGUUGUUGUCGUCGUUGUCGCCGUUGUUGUUGUUGUUGUUGUUAUUAUCAUCGUUACCGUAGUUUCAGUCAUAGCGCUGGCAGGUAAUAGUGGUAGUAAGGAUUGUACUAACGUGAGUUGAGCGAAAUUGCCGGCCGCCGCGGCAUCGGGGCCAAUCGUAACACAAACGAAGGACGGACAGCAGCUGGCAUUGAUACUUUCAACAUUACGGCCAGCAGCGGCAACAAGAACGGCGCUACCGAAUCGUCGCUGUUACUACUACAACAACUGCUACAACUAUUACUGCUUUUCCUUUUUCUGCUCCCACAGCAACGACGAAGACGGAGGCAGAUACACCUCUGUUCGCGUAACGUAACUGACCAAACGUCAACGAAACCAACGGCAGCAGCAGCAGCAACAACAACAACAACAACAACAACAAUACUCGUAUGGGGUCGCCGGUCGUCACCGCUGUUGCCCCUAUCCGCGGCCGCGUUCAGUAACAUCCCUUCCGUCUUGGCUACCUAUCUAUCUAUCAAUCAAUCACAAAACCCUCGCGCUCACCUAGCAGGCUAGCUACUGCUACCUGUCGUUAUUACAGAGCUUCUACUUCUAGCUUUACUUGUCGGUUAUUAUUAAGAAAACCGGGAGGAACAGAGCCGACGGCAACGACGUCGAAAAGAACAAGAAGCACGAGGCGAAGCUGACUACAACGAAAACGUUCUCUUCCCGCCGAUUACUAGUGCCAUUGUAGUCGACCCGCGUCUAGGCAUGUAGAUAAACAUAUAUAGAUACAGCGCGGGCGGGUGUAUGCGUGCCUGCCUGUCUAUGACAAUUGUGAUGGUGACAAUAUUGUUAUUAGGCGUUGUACAACGUGCUCGCGUCCGGCAACGUUAUACACGGGGCGGUAGCGAACGACAAAACUGAAAACAACUAAAACAAUCUGCAACCGAAGGCAACAGAAAAUGUUCUAUCCAAGCAAAUUCGGCAACAACGGCAGCACGGUAACGUCAGAAGCAGCACAGACGUAGGCUGAAAGAACAAAGUUUAUCAUUCCUAACUCUGGAGUAAUUAGUUAACUGAAAGCCACUGAUUAGGAAUCACAGGCAGAAAGCACACGUACUCUCCGUAAGCCUCAAUGGCUCAGUGCCACUCUCUGUCCACGUAAGCAUUCAAGUAUAAUCGAAGGCCAUCGCUCGAGGUUGUUGGUGCCGCUGUUCGAGAUCGAACAACACACGGAAUCGCAGGGGAUCACCAACACAGAGUAGCGAAAGACGAAGGUUGAAUCAACGCAUGGAAGGUGCCGGCGGGGGCGACGGCAUUACGCCACGGCUUUUCUCCUAAGGCUCACGAACGGACACCGGCAGAGAACGAAAACAAAAACGCAAACAGAAGCAGGCAGCGGGAGCGGCGGCGGCGCCGGCGGCGGAAGCUGCAGCAGCACCGAAGCAAUCCACAGAUAGAAUCGGCCUGUGUCCUACCACUCCUCUAACCGCCCAUCCGAACCUUUUUACAUGCAGAUUUUCUGCGUCCGACCGCUCAGUAGAUCGAUCAGCCGCGAUUUGGCAACUGUUAUUCGCAAGUAUUAAAUCCGCAUGGUUGGCACACGGUCAAAAAACUAGAGCAUUGUUUUAAUUUGUUAGCAGCGCCGCCGCCGACGGCAGGCAGAUAUACACACGCGGAGGGAGAGAGAAGUGUAUAGAUACAAAGGCCGAAGUAAAAACGUAACAAGCUGCACCAACUCGCCUUGUGCCAGUAACCUCAACAACGUAGUGGGGUUCUAUGUGUGUCCAGCGUUAUGCGUGUGUCUGUGUCGAAGUGUAAAAGCAGUUUGGGAAAACUCUUGCCUUUUUAGGGUAACUGUAUUCAUUGUUAUCGCAGCAGCAGUAAGAACAACAACGAUUAUUCCCGUCACAAAUUUUAGAACGACGACGUCGUCGUUGUGUUCUGCUCAUGUGGUGAGUAUGUUUGGGUUUGCGAGUGGUGAGUGAGCGAAUGACGCUGGAAGAGCUGUCUGUACCCCCGUUGUUCGCUCAUCCAGUCGUCAGUGGUCUUUCCUCUGCAGCGGCUUCAAUCAGCGGCAAAAGCGGUUGUGUGGUGUUUAUUGACGCUCGGUAGCAGUUCGGACGAAGCGGACUGGUGAGGCAAGCGUGCUGCGGGCUGAAAUACUUGGCUUUGGAGUUGCUUUUUUGAUCGUGCAUUUGAACGUGCAGUGGCAUGCGUAUGUCGGCGAUGCUGAUAGAAUCGUAUCGUUAAUGGAAUUGUUUGUCGUAUGCAUUAUAGUGACAGCUCCUCACAGCAGCAGCAGCAACCGACUCGUCAACAACAGAAAUCAAAAUGAACAGCGAAUGAAGUGAGAAAGGGAGGGGGACGAAGAGAACGAAAUCGUUUUCUGUUGCGGUCGUGGCUGUGAGAAAGGUGGUGUUGUUGUUGUGGUUGUUUUCACGCCGUGCCAACUACCGCUAUUACCGCAAUAACAAAUUCAAUUUUAGUGUAAUAGUGCCUAAGAUCAUGAACAGCCCGUGUGGCCGUUUUGUCCUGCAAUAUUGGCGGUAACUGCCGGAACAUCGUCGUUCCCGACCUUCAAUUCGCUGUUCAACGAACAAAAAGAUUAACCAAAUUAGAGCUGUAAGCGCUCUCCUGCCUAUGUUCGAACUUUGGGUGGCUUUUGGCGGCAACUUCUACAAUUGUUCAAACGGUAACAACAACAACAGCAGCAAACACGCCUUCAGUAGCUAGGCAGCUAGAGUUAGUAUUCCUUCGCUACUGCAGGAAAUAGGCUGAGUGUCAAACACCCCAUAUCGACAUACCACCAACGAUCUGUGGGAGUGCUGGUGACUGGAACCCACGUCCUUUGGACCGACACAAAACCUCCGAUGCCUGUUCGCUGCAAUAGCAACAGCAGCAGUAGUAGUAUCUGUGACGCGGCCGUGAUAUCCAUCACCAACAGUGACCGACCGACCGACCGACUCUCACGCCGCCGCUGACGACAACGACUACGUCCGUUCGUAAAUAGAACAGACAGACAGACAGACAGACCGACCGACCGACCGAAACACAUUAGCCAGAUAGCCAGCCACUGAGUCAGCUACAGCCUUAAUUCCUAAAUCGCCAUUGGCUUUGAUACUCCAUUUCUAUAACGACAACAACAACAACAACAGCAACAACCACAACCACAAUAGUAACUACUAGCGGUACUACUACUUGUCCGAGAGGUGAUACUUGUUGUCGGAGCGAAAGCGCCACGAAAGUACGAGGACGAUUCGAAGGAAAAAAUUUGUGCUUGUUGUCGUCAUUGUUGUCGCAAUACUACGAUCAACAAAAAGAAGCAGCAAAAAGAAAGAUCAGGAAGGCAGGGCACCUGCAACAGCAGCGAAGCGAAUGAUUCUGUGUUGCUGCGUUGUGGAUGUGUUGACCUACUGCAUGAUAGCAGCACGAAGUCUGUUAUUAAUAUGAUUAUUGCUAUUGUGUAUUGCUGUUGGAUAUUCAUCGCAAUAGUGAGUGUAGGUGUAGUGUAUUGUACUACCACCGUUUAAGGGCCAGUGUCCUUAUACCUACAUCGAUCAAGAAGGACGUGUGCCAGGAGUUGUGCUGUUGUGCGUUAGUUUAUUGUGCUUCUACUACGACUACGACAACUAUAUCACUAUUGCUUGUUUUUGGUGUCAUCUUCAUCGUCAAUGUGCUACUACCGCUACGACUGCUGGUGCGGUCUUGUUGCGAUGCGGGGGGGACCAGGCUGAAAAGAGACUAACGGUGGACGGACUCUUACCGUCCAACCGGCGGCCAUCAAUAUCCACCACCUGCAUCGGCAUCGAACCAUGGCCCACUAUCAGGGAGGACCAACUGGUGCCUCCAAUGGAGCCAGCCUUGAGGACUGUCACACGAACUUCUUCGCCUUGGCGGAUCUCAACGGAAUAAAAUGGCGUCGAUUAAGUUUUCCAAAAGAACACUCCAGUUCUUCGUUGGCAUCUGUCGGCAGUCCUCAAAGUCCCCUAGAAGACCCCGUUCUUGGCUCAUUCGCGCGCUGCCUUCAAGCUGGCCUACUCUGCGCUUGGCGGAGAGUACCGCGUACCGAUCAUGCAGGUUUAAUGGUGGAUCCGCUACCUCCGGGUCCCCAGGACGCUUUAGCAAAGGAGCUUUGGUUGUUCUGGUGUGGAGAUGAGCCAGACACGUCAAGCGGGGGUCUGCUGUCGCAUCAGCUCAUCGACCUGGAACAGGGUUCGUGGGAGAACGGCCUUGCAUAUGAAACACGCAACCUGUUAUUUAAGGCCUUACACAAUUUGGUCCAACGGUGCCUGCUACAAAGGGGGUUCGUUCGUUUGGGUCGGUGGUUCCUCCAGCCAACUGAAUGGCCUACCAACCAUACUAGCCAGACACGUCAGCAUGGUCAAAGCGGAGGAUUUUCCUCGAGUGGCGGCAGCCAAAACACUCGCUGCCAAUCAACAAAUCACGUGCGCACCAACCCGCUUCAAAUAACAUUUGCGUUCAACUUUUUCGUGCACGGCGACUCGACCGUUUGUGUCGGCGUCGAUGUUCGCCAGCACCCCGCUAUUCAGCGGCUUUCGCGGGCGCAUCUAGCCGUAACGCAGCAAACGGCAGGAAGUGGUGCCACCAACGCGGGCGCGGGAUCUACGGGAACUGGAACGGCAGGUACAUCGGCCGGAGCAGGAAAUGGUGAUGGUGCGGCUGCUGCAGGAAGUGGCACCAUGGCUACAGGUUCUGGUGGAAACUCUGGCAUUGCAAACAGCGGAGUCGGCAAUACGCGUGUCUUGCUGAGUCCUUUCGGGUUACAGGCCACAUUGGUAGGGGCUGCCGUCGGCAAAGACGCCGAUCAAGCCGCUACUAUCCUAAAUGAGUGGAGCCAUUUCUAUCCAUUACCACCUCGAGAUGGUGGUUCGACGAAUAGCGGGACGACGAAUACGGCUGGUAGUAACGAGAACUGUCCACCAAAUAUGGUAGACACGCAGCAUGGUAGCACCUCCGGCAAUGGGCAUGACGCCCCGACAAUUUGCGGAAGCGGCGGCGCUGGCCAGCUUCCUUCCGUAGUCAAUGUGCAAGUUGGAAGUGUACGCAUGAAAUACCCGUCAGCAUACGUAUUCGUUUCGGAAACGGACGAAGUAGCCCAUGGACAGGUAAAUGUUGCCGCCGGAGGAACGGCUUUUUCUCUAGGAAACCCAGGUAGUGUGUCGACAACAUCGUUUCAUAAAGGGUCCUCAACAAAAGGUAGCACCUCUCCGCCUAGAAGUAUACUCAGCGCAGCUCUGGCAUCGAAGGAUGGUAAGGAUCAGGCACGUUCAGUUCCCGGUGAAGCUAACCAGCAAAGAGUGGUCUUAAAGAAUCUAGCGCCUGAAGAUAAUCAACAGUUGGGGCCAUUGGCAGGCGGUCUGGGAAGAGCGACGUCCGGCAGCGCUUCUCGAGUAUCACGGAUAGGUCGCAUUACGUCAAGACAUAUCCGGAACAAGGCAUGGGCCGAUGCGACCUCAACGACCGGACUCCUACCAACUGCACAGCAAUCCCGACAGGCGACGAGUGACCAAUUGGAAAGGAAUGGGGGAGAUUGUGAGACGGGAGCCGCUUGUUGGCAGUUGCGUGAACUAACUUGUUGCGGAUCACAAGCUCCAACAUGCGCUUGUUUCCGGUUUGCACCAGGAGGUCCCAGCGGAUGUCGGCGGGAUGAGCGGGAUCGUAGCAAGAAGGAUUUGCCGCCACGUCUUCCUCAGCUGAAACCGGGCUCCGCCGGCUUCUUUCACAAACGUCGAGGGUCGCAUGACAUUCCUCCUGCUCUUGAUUCGAUUCUGGCCACCCGCUUUGGUCUUGCAUCUCUAUCAUCGACUAAUUCAGGACAGAUCACGCAACAGCCAAAUGUAAUACAAACCACCGAAGAAAAUGGAGAUAAAAUGGCACCGCCGUUGCCUGUUGUCGUAGGUCAGUUAACGCCAGCUGAUUCAAGGUCAGCAGCCUCAAUGCCAGUGUCCUCAGUGGAGACAGGCAACCUAACGAGUUUACUCUCGCCGCUCCCUCAACCAAAGCUCGAGCCGGGAUUACAAGUAGCACUUAAGUUAGAGCCACCUGGUAGUGCAGGUGGCGGUUUACCUCCUGGUCAUUCGCCAGUAUCAACACCGGGAGAUAGUUCACGCCCAACACUUGGUGGUCUCUCUCCUCUUAACGAAGACGGCAAUCCAUCGAGUGUUCAAGUCACGAUUAAACAGGAGAUUAUUAUGGGGUCGGCGCCUCCAAGUGUCGCUAACAUGGAUUGCUGUUCGACACCCGUACCUACUGAUUCUACCACCAUUAAGUGUGGCAAAGACCCAGCCGUAGACAACCAAAAGGACCAGCCAGUACCUUAUGGAGGUCCACCAGGUGCCUCAGCUGCCACUGGUCUACACUUUGGGCACCUCGGAUCGCACAACAAGAAACAGGGCGUUAGUGGAGGUAACCUUCUGAAGCGGCCGACUCUUCCAUGGGUGGCCCACGACGAUGAUGAUAUGCUUGUGCCGCCAAGCGGCGAUGUAAGCGCUUUGUACGAUUAUUCAGCGGUGAGUACAGCGCUCGUGUGGGACGCUCCGCCACCAUCUAAACGAACUUUCCCGCUACGGUUAGGGGAUGAUCGGUGGAAUCAGAAUAACAAUGACAACGGUUCCGGCCCGUGGUUCCAGCAGAGCCCAAACGAUGGUCAUUCAGUGACAUUACUUCACGGCAGCCACACAUCAACAGCAGCAGCUGGACCAGCCGCACUACAUCAUCAACAAAGUGUUAACGGCACCGACGAGAAUUUAGGUAGCGAAAGUGGUGGUGAGCAAACUUUAGCAGACGAUGGCGCUCUACUGGGUGCUCUGUGUGUAAGCCCCUCGGAAGUGACUUCGGCUGCUCUCACGCCGCUCAGCAGUGGGCCUCAUUCAAACAACCCGUCCACGCCCCGGCAGCACGGAGCCGCUCUGACGCCUGGUGGCGGAGGCCAUGGUCACCUACAGUCGGCGUCUUCAGUGGAAAGAACUCAAGCAGGAGCGCCAGGAACUGGUGCUGGCACGCCUUUCGACUGUGGAGGUGGGGACCCACUUUUGGACAACAUGUCCUCGUCGUCCGAUGGCAUUGGCGAUGCGGGAUCUCCUGACAACGGUCUGCUUUUCCCAACGCCGGGUUCGGGCGGGACCAAAGCGACAGGAAGCCUCAUGUCGACACCCCCGCAACAUCUUGGCGCUUGCAGUGAUGACCUUCAUCGUAAGACAGCUGGAUUACUUGAAUUGACAACAAUGUACCCCACUCCGCCAUCCCUCGAACCAAACGCCGCCGCGUCACCUUGCAAUGGACCAGGGACUCCAUUAGGUCCAACGCACGCAACCCUGGCUGACGAAGAACCUCCGGCGCAGGGUGUUGAACCAGAAGGCGACUGCAGCGAAUGGAGCAUGUACGUGCACCGGCCUGCUUUGUUAAACAAAUUAGUCUCGUCGACGUUAUACGCGCCAGUAGCACCGCUUCCAUCGUCACUUCAAUCGCCAAUUAAUCUGCCAUCAGAAUGCGUUUAUCGAGCAUCCUGGCAAACACGUUUGAAUACAAUGGCAGGUAGUCGCGGUGGAGCUAACGCCGCCGCUCAGAAGAUUCCAUCGGGUACUCAGGUCAAUGGGGUCAGUCCUGGCGCUACUGGGGCUAAUGGACCGGGACACACUCAAAGGCGUCAUUUAGGCCAAGAAGGCCGUCAGAGCUCAGUCGGAGGCCCAAUCGGAUCUCGACAAUGGGGUCCCGGCGAUGGAGGUCGACCUGCACCACCUUAUCCAUUAGGUUCACCAGGCUACGGCGCUGGAGCUACGCCUGGUCAAGCUAUGAUGUCACCAGCGGGCCCGAUGCCAGGUAGCGUUGGGCCAAUGUCGGCUGGUUUCGGCGCCUCGAGGCCAUCAUCCGUUGACCCUUAUCAGAUGUCUUCUGGGCCGCCGUCUGUACGGGAGACGUGCGGGACUGGUUCUUCUCUUGAUAAGGCUGCCAAUUUUCCUGAAGUGUCGAGUCUUCUAGUAACCCUGUUCCUGUCAGAUUCACAACUAGACAUUUUCCGCGAUCACAACUUCACAUCAUGUACUAUCUGCGUUUGCAACAUGAACAUCAAAGGAGCAGACGUACCAUUAUACCUCCCAAGUCAACUGCUCUCUGGUCCUGCUCUUAGCGGCUUUGACGACGCACAAUACAAAUGCACCUGCGGGUUUAGCGCGGUGGUAAAUCGUCACUUGAGCUAUCAAGCUGGCUUGUUUUACGAAGAUGAAGUAGAGAUCACGGGUAUUCCGUAUGAAUCAGCACCGGCCAAGAGUAAACUUGCCCUAGCAGCUGCAUCACAGCAAGUCAGCGUGGGAAAUCAGCAAAAAGCCGGCCAACAACAAAACAACGGUCAGGGACGGUUGUCAGGAAAAAACGAACUGUUAAUAGCGGAAAAGCAGCUCGUAGAGUAUGUGCAGCGGCAGUGUCUUGGUAUGACGGAAACACCAUGCCAUCUCCUGGCCGCUUUCAGCGGCACAUGCGCCUCUAGCCUAUGUAGUCCAGAGUGCAGCCAGCCUCAGGGUCUCGAUCCUCGAGAGCUGUCGCCUCCACUUAGCGCAUUGGCAAUGCGACUGCUUCAUCAGACAGGCUCUACGGGACAACAACAGCCAGUUUCAACGACAUGUAACAGUGAUAAUAGCAGCAGUAGCAGCAAUUCGUUUGCUGUUACGAGUAGCGGUGGUGACAGUAGCGCGGCCAUUUACGGAGUCAGCGCGUUACAAAGCCCACAACUAAUGGCCGACGGUUGUCAGGUAGCAGCCUUAGCACUGGAAGCGGCACUCGUUGGUAACAUGGGAGCCUUGAUUCAACCUACUAGCCAAUGGGCGGGUCGACAUUCGUUCGAUGAAGCGACCCGGGCGGGACUCCUGCACCGUUGGGCUUUCCUACAAGUCGCUACCCCGCCCAAUCAUGCAACAGUCGUCAAAUUGCUCCGAAGCUUGCAACCGAUCUUACAGGACGGCGUUCAUAACCAACGAAAAUCACAAAAAGGUCCGUCGCAAAAUAUGUGGGAAGUUACGUAUCGAGUGGUGGGUCCGCUGACUUGGCGGCAAUUUCAUCGUCUAGCCGGUCGUGGUACGGAAGACCAGUGCGAACCACAGCCUAUACCAUCACUUCUUAUCGGCUACGAUAAGGACUGGCUAUCGAUCUCGCCGUUUGCCCUCAAAUAUUGGGAUAAGUUAUUGCUGGAGCCAUACGCAGCACCACGCGAUGUAGCAUAUGUGGUUGUGUGUCCUGACGCAGAUGCACUUCAGGCACCAAUCAAGACGUUUUUCAGAGAGCUGAGCGCAAUAUAUGAAGCUAACAAUCUCGGAAGGCAUUGUGCCUUAGCCAAAACAUUCAGGGACGGAAUACUGAAAGUCGGAAAUCGGUCUGCCAGCAUCGACAAAACCAAAACCUUUUCUGAAGACAAUGGAGCGGUUUUUACUCCAGGUGGUGGUCAGCCGAGCCCAGCAGCAGGCACACCACAACCUUCAUCUCAGCAAAGUGCAGAUCAGAGAUCGGGAAGCACCAAUGACCGACCUCAGCCCCCCGAUGAAUGGCUAGGAGACCUGUUUGUUCAGCUGGGUCUUGUCGACGCAUCCGAAGAGGAGCACUCUGGUAACGAGCAAAGCAAUGCAUCUGCUGCGAAUACCAAUGGCAAUAAUCCUCCCACAGUAAUCCCCGCUAUGACUACUACAACCACUAAAGGUGGGUCUAAAGGUCGCGGCAACAAAGAAAAACAGCAGCAGCAGAAGAACGCAGCUGCAACUGCAGCAGCGGCAGCAGCAGUAGCCGCCGCCGCCGCCGCUGCGGCUGCUCAGCAAACAACUGCGCCAAAACCACCGAAAAGCGAGCGGCUCAUCCAGCGGAACGCCCUUUUAACCGCUAGCUUGACGUUGUACUCGCAGACCUGUCGCCUUCAACUAGCCCCGCAACUUGCUGGUUUACAGCGUCUUGAUAAGAGCCUUCUCGACGGGCCCCUGCAGGCAAACGCACCAAAAACGCAGCAAUUGCCAGCAGCUUCACCGCGAGCCCCCACUACCCCUGACAAUCCUGCCACUCCAUCGGUCGAUAAGGCUUUGCUCUCAGGUUCAGCAGCAGACGGGAACAAAGCCGACGUAAAGGAAGAAGGUGGUAGCGCCGUACCAAGUGCGGCGGCCAGCAACUCAACAACAAGUAGCAAUUCUGUCACCAGCCAGCAGGACCAACUGCAGCAGCAACAGCAGCAGCAGCAGCAGCAACAACAGCAGCAGCAGCAGCAACAGCAGCAACAGCAACAACAACAGCAGCAACAACAACAGCAGCAGCAGCAGCAACAACAGCACAACAAUGCCCCUGGCGGUAGCAGUGGCCAGGAUGGCACGAGCAGUUCGCAACAAAGCGGUACGGCAGGUACCGCGGCUGGAUCCGAUGGCACGGGAACAAGCACCGGCUACGCAAGUCCUGCAAGUAGCAUGGCAAGCCUGCAAAGCGGGCUGAAUGCCGACGACAGCGCGGAACCGAACAGCACGCCGGCGAUCGUACUCUACGUGGUCGACCCAACACCGUUGCACGCCGCUGGCGACGAGGAGGCUCGCCGUCUUGCGCUUCUUGCAUUGCAUGCAUGCUUCGAGCGUACGCUGUCCCAGCUACCAGGACACGUACGUGCCAAUGUGCAAUUGCAAAUUGUCCCGCUUGAAGCGGUGCUGGCCGUGGAGCAGUGCGCUAGCCCUGCAAAACGUCAUGACCUGCUUGUUCAAACCGCGCUGUCGCUCUUCUACCAGAGCGGACCUACGCUGCCAGCGGUUACCCCGCCCGGACAGGUAAAAAGCUUAACAGGUAUGGGCCCUGCAGCCUCGCAAGACCAGUUCAUAAAGCGAAAAAUGCAAAGUCAACAGGCUAUAGCCGAAUCGAGUAAAACCGCUACUACCUUGAAUGGACCAACAUCAAAUCACCGGCCUGCAGGAAGUCCAGACACGGACACGACUUUAAACGCGAGCAGCAGCAUCGUAGACGAUAUUCGAACGUUCAAUCCACCGUUUAUACUCGCGCCGACAAAAGAUAAACAGGCGGAGUUGGGAGAAAUGUUCGGCGACCACCAGGAGCGAUCGUCUAUUCUAUUUGUGUCGUAUUGCUUGUCAGAAGAUCAACGAUGGCUACUGGCCAGUGUGAGCACAGAACGCGGCGAAUUACUCCGCAACGCGUCUAUCAAUGUCGCGGUACCCGACCGGACACGACGUAAGCGGGCAUCGGCCCGUUUUCUUGGUCUCAACAAACUCAUGGAGUUCGUGCUGGAUGUGGUAUCCGUAGGAGCGGUUCGACCAUGGCGUCUCGUAAUCGGGCGACUUGGCCGCAUCGGUCAUGGCGAACUCAAGGAGUGGGCAACGUUACUAUCUCGGAAGAGUCUACUACGAUACUCACGGCAUCUGCGUGAGCUUUGUGCUCAGUGUGGGGUAUUAUCUUCACCUCUCGAUGUACCCUGUAUCCUCAGUGCCUGCUUGGUGUCGUUAGAGGCAGACAGUUGCCUUCAGGUGUUUGCUGACCAGUGUUCACCUGACGAACGCGUUUCGACCAACGCUCAACGAUGUGAGUUGUCCACGCCAAGUGAUGCAACGUGUACACACAUACUCGUAUUCCCGACUUCAGCAACCACCCAGAGUUCCCAAGCCACCUUCAAUCAUCUAGCGGAAGACCACAUGGACUUGGGUAAUGAUGACGAGCUGUUCAAUACGAUCACACAAGACAUGGAUGGACCAGACAACUUUGACGACAUUGUUAACUGGAAUCUCGAUGCUUCGCCGGAAAACAAUAUGACCGGGGGUAUUGGUGAUGACAGCGCCCAAGGCAGCGGUAUCGGGGGGCUAGGUAGUAUGCGCAACGCAAGAAGUCCCAACGAUGACCCGAUGGCAAGCAUCAUGAUGGGCUCCGGAGGUGGAUCGGGGAUGGGCCUUCACAACGGGCUGCCGUCGGGCGGUCUAGGUAGUGGAGGGGUGUCGGUUGGAGGUCCUUCAUCAGGUGGUGUUAAUGGAAAUCGAUUGGGAGCUGGUGGAUAUGGAGAGUUCUUACUGGGCGGUGAAGAACCAAUGCAAUUAUUGCAGCAGCCUCUCGCUCUAGGUUACCUUGUUUCAACCGCUCCGGCUGGACCCUUGCCAAAAUGGUUUUGGGCAGCGUGUCCACAUCUUGAAGGUGUCAACCCCGUCUUCCUAAAAAGUGCUUUAGUCCUGCAUUCACCUACAGUGCACCAGAACCAGGACGACAUCUUGCACGGAAAUCAGCGUAAUGGCCAUCCGCUUGAUUCUAAUCUCACUACCGAUGUAUUGCGGUAUGUGCUGGAGGGCUAUAAUGCCCUCUCAUGGCUUCGAUUGAGUCCGACAACUCAUGAUCGAGCCUCCUGUCUGCCUCUACAUGUUCAGAACCUGUUGACGUUGUAUCAUGCCCUUCAUGCCCUCUUAUGAGAAAGUGAAUCACAUUCCUCAAGAAGAGGCGCUACAGACAAUAAGAUGGCAUAGCAGCUGUACAGAAAAACAGACAACAUGCCGAUGACGAAGGGGAAUUGCUUCACAUCAAAGAAUCGUUUCGUCUACGUAUUUCAACAGUGACAUCGACCUUCGUUGAGUAUCAAUAGCUCGCUGCAUUAAUCAUCUGUAUCUAUGAGAUCAAGCUUCUGUGUGGGAACAAGUUUAAGCGUGAACGGAUUUUGGUAUCUGCACGCGAGAACACGAUGUUGGCUCGACCCAGAGUGCUUGAUGUGUCAGGGACACACAAUAUCAUGCUUACCACUCCAACGCAAUUAGACAAAAUAGCCUUAUUUCCGCUAUUCAGGUACACACGUAUAUAUUGCUGCUGCGACUGCGUGAUUCACGUAUAUACAAUUUCCAUACAUAUGUGUACAGCUGCUGAUAAGAAAACCGGUGGAGACGCAGGGUGUUUUUCGGGUAAAUUGGUCUGAUGGUUUUUUGGCGCACGCGCGACACAGACUCUUCUUUCUUUUAGAUAUUUUCUAGGCUUUAGCUGGCCCCACACCCAAAUAGAAAAAGCCAAAACGAGUACUUCUCAAAUAAAUCACGCCGGGUAAAGUGGGCGGAAAGAGAAGUUGCGCAUUCUUUGUCGCAUUUUUUGCACCAACCAUUAUCCAGCUGAAGACACUGUUUUGUACAUAAGAUAUUUAUCCCUUAAUUGAACUAAACCUAUUCAAUAGGUAAACAUUGACCGAAUCACAGACAGAGAUAGAAUACGCAAAUAUGUAAUGAAUGUAAACAGAACAACAACAAAUAGUUUCUAGUUCAUGUUAACUAAUAGAAGCUAAACACGGUAGACUCCAUACGGAUGUAAGAAAAACACGAAAAAUAUCAGCAGGCGGUUCUACUAACCCGGGUGCCUGUACAUGAUUUCUCCAUUGAGUCUACACUGACUAGGGCGCUCGGAUAAGCAAGUAGGUGAGCAUAGAUAGAAACAAUAGCAGUAAGAGUACUGGUAGUAGUAAAAGAAGAAGAAAAAAAUCAACAUCAGCAACAAUUAUAAUGCUAAUAUACCUAUUAAAAUUGGCGUCAUGUCGUUGUAUUUACCUACGUGUACAUUGAUUACAACAGGUGUCGACGUGUAAAUGGGUAUACAUACGUAUAAAAAAAUAUUUACAUCUAAUUAUGACUAUAAUGAUGGCUUAAGUGAUGCUGGAAUAGGUAGGAUACUCUAUAUAAAAUAAGAGAUUUACGUCGUUGUCAUCACGACAUUGUUUGCCUGCGAAAUGUUUCCGCCGCACCAAACUUCGUUGAACAUGGCCCCAUCGCCAGACGACAGAGCAACAUCACAUACCAUUUUCAAAUCUCCAGCGAGAGAGAGUGAGACUUUAGUAAAAAUUAGACUAUAUAUAUAUAUAUAUAUAUAUAUAUAUAUAUAUAUAUAUAGAACAAGUAUAGGCUAGACGGUACAUUACAAACACUACCAUGAUUAAAAAAACGACAAUAAUACAGUAAACACUCAGUGAAACACCAAUAAACAAUAAUUAUUAGAUAUACGAUUACGUGACACAGCCAUGGAACGAACUCUGAAGGCCCCAAAUUCAAUGAAAUACGUCUUCCGUAAUGCUGCAAGCCGCAACCUAUAGUGUAAGCCCAAUAGCAAUGUUCCUUUCGCUAUAUUAGCCCCAUCAUCUGAAGCCUUGAGAAUCGUGAACGCACCUUCUUUCGAAGGCCUUCAUAGAAGAUGGACAUGUCAAAUGGCGCACGUGCAUGCCAGUUCAGAUAGAAAUACGAGAAUCAUAUUUUGGAUUUCAGCCUUCAUGCGGGUGGACGGAGCCCAGAUCGUGUACAAGUAAGAAGAAUGAUCCUUACCAAAAGCACGCUAGAAAAAACCGUUUGAAAGAUGGGCGCUUAUUACUUUACACGACGUUAGAUGGUAAACGCUACUGAUUUCGUCCGGGGAUUUUAAAUUAAAAGUGACAAACGCAAAACAUGAUACACUCGUAGACAUCACUUCGUUCAUAGAUCGUGAAGAACGAUAGGUUGAUUCUAAACAUCUUCACUAUUAGAGAUUACGCUGAAAACAAGUAGAGGUUCCUGUACUCUUUGUGGCAACCAUUAAAACGAAAGCUUAAGACAGCGUACUUUGUCUAUAGACAACCGCGGCGGAUGGUUAGCCUAUAUCUUUAUGCUUCUUCACCAUCAGAUUUGCAGUUUCUUUGACGACCUAGUCCACUGAUUCUGAGUGUACUUCAAAUAACACAAAAUAGCGCUCCUGUCCUCCGGCUUUAAGGUGAACUAGACUUCGCCGUUACCUUCGCUUGCAUUCAGGAAUGGUGCGUGGUUAUGAUACAAAAUUCGCAAUAACACUAUAACCAGUAAGUGAGAGAAGUGCAUGUAAAAUAGAAAAAUAAAUUCUUCGGAAGUUUGUUGAUGCAUUUCGUUACAUCAGUAACGUUCUGUAAAAGCGGACGUCUGCAGAAUGAACAACAUCAUAUGGUUACGUGUUUAUGUUUUACUGUAUGACUAGAUUUGCAGUGUCCGAUAGCUGACAUUGCUCAACGCUGCUGAAAAGGAGAUGAAUAAAUCCGUCUUCGUAAGAAAUCCCAGACCAUUUUGGUGUAAUGAUGUGUGGACUUAUACUCCAGUGGCAGAUGCAGUCAAGCAGUGCUUUACGAUCAUUUUAGACAGUACACAGGAUUGAAUUAGUGAAAUACGUUCGAAUCUUAUCAUUUGGGGACGCUAGCAUAUACCGACGUAAAGAGAGAGUUGACAACCAAAAGAAAACUAUAGGCUUGUCAGGCUUAGCUACAGGCGUCUGAAGCAGCCGAUGGUGCAGAAGCUAGUGAUAGCUCAGAAACGAGAUCCUUCUUUUUCCGCCCUAUCCUACAGAGAUUAUCUGUCGUGGUGGGCUGGCGAGCAGCCGAAUAGCGACAGACUAACAAGCUCAUUAUCAAUACAUACGUGGAGUGAAGUAUGAGCGACACAUACAACUCUUCUCUAUCUAUAUAUAUAUAUAUAUACAAACCUUCAGACACAUCUCUUCAAGCACUCAUUCACCUAUCGGAAUUAUGUACAUUGUACAAUGACUGACGACAAGAAUGACGGUACGCUAAGAAUUACCAUAUACAGAUAAUGUGUGUGAUUACUACAUAUGCGAGUGUGUGUGUGUGUGUGUGUGGGUGGUGAUUGACCGUCUAUGUAUAAUAUAAUGGAUCUAGAUUCUAGGUAGAAGGUCACGACAAUGUAUUCAUUCUUCCAUACAAUAUCUUCAAUGUUGUACGGGAAAUAACAGCUAGCAAGAUCACAAUGAAUCGGUGUGAUGACGAUAACAAUUUGCUGUAAUGAUUAGUACUAAACGAUGCUACAAGGAUUUUUGCGACUAUAUAUAUUCAUAUGAGUACUACUACUAGAAUUGUAGUUGUAGGUUUUUUUAUUACUAUAUAUCUGUAUUGAUAUUAUUAUCACGGUGAUGAUUGCUAUACGAUAACAAAAUUGCUCGAGGUAGAGCAAAUUAUAUAUACGAUGGUAACAUGAGGAGAAAAAUACACAUGUAAUAACAACAGUAAUGGUCAUAAUUACAUCGAUUUUACGUGUUGAUCAAGUAACAAACGAAAACUGACGAUAGCAACGCUGAUAGAUGAUCUAACUGUCGUCGGCAGCGCGAUCUACCGUCAACCAUGUGACCGAGCGCCGACACCUCGGACAGAGCGACUGAUAAACGAAGCGACUAUCUCACGGCGCUAAGAAAGAAACUACGUUAUAGCACAGAAACGUGGAGGAAAACGUGAAAAAAAAAAAAGAGAGGCUAACACUCCUCGUUCUAGUGAAAGCAAUCGCACACAGAAAUCGACGAAAAACAAACGGCAGUAAUAAUCAAGCAGAUGAUAGAAAUGGCGGGAAACGGCUGUCUAUGAUCGCUAUCGUAACGAUGAGAGAAAACACACGAGAAGCAUCUGUCAUCUCGGGCGAAAUAGCAGCUAUAUAUAUAUAUAUAUAUAUAUAUAUACACACACACACUUGGGAUGCGCAUAGUUGAUGAUGACGACGACAAAUGAAACCAUUACUAUGGAUGAAAAUAUGAUAUAAAUACUUGAACAAGCAAUGAACUAUCUAGACGACGACGACAGUAAAAGCGAUAAUGGAACAAUUAUGUAAUAAUAAUUACACACACACACACACACACACACAUAAUGUAAUGCGAAAAUAAAAAUGUGAAAUAGAAAUGACUUCUGAUACAAAGGUGACGUAAGCGCAGCAAGUAUUUAUUACGACAAUUGUAGUUCUACUAUUAUUGACGACGGUAUGUAUUGAAUAAGAUUAAGUACGGCAAAGAUAAAUUGCAGUAGUAUGAUUAUAAUAAUAAUGAACAAUAUAUGAGCGGCAGUAGAAAACAAAGAUCCGACACACGAAGCAGACGAAAACGGCGGCGCUUACAAACUGCAGCCGUUUCCAUGCGAGCCCAAACGGACAUCAGUAGCUCGCAAAUAACGAUCAUGUUUAUUUGUUACGUACUAUUAUAUUAGUGAUGUUCGGGAUAGCAGAACGAGCGGUAAAAUACAGAGAUUUCAUAGUAAGCAAUUUGCGCCCCUACGUUUCGUCAGCAAAAAGCUCUUUAAUAACAGAGACACCUAUCAUGAUUGCAAUUGAUAUAAUUCUUACGAGUAUUUUUAUCAUUAGCUCGAUACUAAUAGUGAUAGUAGCGACUAUCUAUAUAGGUUUUUAUUCGAUAACAUAUUGUAAUAGCAAUGAAGCAAGAAAAUAAACAAUUGAACGUCUUCUCUAUGGCCCGCCGGUCUGCUAGAAACGGGAUUCUUUUUUCUACAAAUGAUGACACAGUGACAUCUACCCAGAGCUAUCGGGUAACGAUUUCUUAUUGCUCUUCCCCCACAGUCUUCAUAUUCCCCUUCGACUUUGAGCAGACGAGCAUAUAAAGCGUGUAUUAAAUCAUAGUAAUAAUACUAAAAGGCAACAUGGCAGAACCAUUAUCAUGAAGAUGCUUAUGAUAACGACAAACAAAGAGACAAAAUCGACACAAAUACAGAAUCCAUACAUAUAUAAGAAUAAUACGUGUGUGUUAGUAGCAAAGUUAUGUCAGGAAUAAUAAAAUAUAAAUUCUAAGUAAUAAAUCGAUAACUAAAGAAACUGAGAUGCUGAUAAUGAUGAAAAAAAGAGCCAGCAGGACAAGGAUGAUGACAAGCGGCAGAAAGGAAAAGAGUAAACACGAUAAUAGUAAAAAUAAAUAAUGACAAUUAUUGUUGAUAUCUAACCCCCGUCGCCUACUUAAUCGAUACUUAGCGCGAAGAUCGUUUUUAGCCGGAACGAACAGGUACAGGAGCGUCAUUUAUUUGCUACAAACUAAGUUGUUCAUGAGAUUGAUUCACUUAUGCCUAAUUUAAACAACUUCUUACUUGAGACUGAAUUUACCGUGACGAAUUUCUUGGAACUACCAUUUGUUUCUUGAAGUAUUACGUCUAGCUUUCUCUAGCCAGUUAUUUACCGACGGAGCGUUUCAACUCGUGCUGAACAUAGCCCGAUCAAAUUUGGGUAUCAUGGCAAGCGGGAAGGCUCUAGUACAUCUGCAAUAGGCUGUUCCUGUGUGGGGAGCUGAUUUCUACGUCAUAACUGACAGUUUGCCAGACAUUGUCUGUCUACUACGCAUCAAUGGAUAAAAGUAUGAAGAAAUGCAAUGUGACCCAUUUUAAUGUUUGCCAGUUGACAACGUUAUAGAAAGAAAGAAACAAUUCAGAUUGUUACGUCGCAAACGCGAGACAUCAUGUCACGUGACGCGUGUAUGU